UUUGCAUUUCUUGAAGCUGGUGGUGUUCGUUCUAAAAACGUUGCCAACAUCUUAUUGAAGAUUGUCAUGUCUGUUGCCAUUUCAACAAUGGCUUGGUUCUGUAUUGGUUAUGGAAUUGCUUUUGGAGAUAAUGCAAUGAGUGAAACUAGAAAUGGAUUCUUUGGCGUUUCGUCCUUCUUUUUAUUGGGAGCUAAUGAAUCUCAUCAUAUUUUCUUCUUUCAAUGGAGUUUUGCUGCUGUUGCCAGUUCAAUUGUGAGUGGUGCCGUCGCUGAAAGAAUGAAUUUAUCUGCAUUCUUCAUGUGUUCAUUCUUAAUGACUGCCUUUAUCUAUUCUCCAGUUGCUCACUGGAUUUGGUCUACAACUGGUUGGUUAUCAGGAUUCAAUAAGACUUUAUUCAGAAUUGGUACUGUCGGUGUCACUGAUUAUGCUGGUGGUGUAGUUGUUCACUUGACUGGCGGAAUUUGUGGCCUUGUUGGAGCCAUUAUGGUUGGUCCAAGAAUUGGAAGAUUCGUCAAUGGAAAAGCUGUCAAGAUUGAAGGACACAACAAGACUCUUGUCUUGCUAGGAAGUUUCAUUUUGUGGUUUGGUUGGUAUGGUUUCAAUGGUGGUUCAACUACUGCAUUGAGUGGUGGCUUGUCCAAGAUUACAAGUUACGCCAAUACUAACACAACCAUUGCUGGUGCUGCAGGUGCUCUCAUGUGUAUGUUUUGGUCUUGUCUUCAAAGUGGACAAUAUGACCUUACUGAAAGUUUGAACGGUUGUUUGGCAGGUUGUGUCUCAAUUACACCAAUUUGUGCCUUUGUUGAGCCAUGGGCUGCUGUUCUGGUUGGUGCCACAGGUGCUAUGGUUUAUAUUGGAGGUACUUUAUUAUUGGAAUAUUUACAUAUUGAUGACCCUGUAAGUGCUGUUCCUGUUCAUGCAUUCUGUGGUGGAUGGGGAUUGUUCUUGGGAGGUUUCUUUGCCACAAAGGAUUUUACCGAUUUUGUGACCUAUGGUGUCUUGUACAGUUUGAAUUGGGAAAUUUUGGGUGUUAACAUGCUCGGUAUUGCAGUUACCACCAUUUGGGUUGCAUUCUCUUCAGUAAUCAUGUUCUUCUUCAUUGACAUUACCAUUGGUCUGAGAGUUCCUCCACAAGAUGAAUUAGUUGGCUUGGAUCACAAGUAUGGUGGUGUUGCCUACAAUAACGAAGAUGUUCACCACUAUGGUUUCUCAAACAGUGCCUCAGAGAGUACACUCGCUAACUCUGCCUAUAAAUCAGCCAGAAGUGCUGGUAGUAAAAGAUCUCACAGAAGAAAAUCAGUUGCUAAACCAUAA